AUGAGCGCAGAUAUUAGAGGAAGCGCUGCGCGCAGCUCAUCUGCUACUGAUGCAUCGUCCGAUACCAAUGAUCUAGGAACUCUUGCGAGAAGUGGAAUCUCAACAGUCAUUAUUGCUUCGGAAUGGCACUUCAAGCCAGCAGGAGUUAUGGAAGUUGAGAAACGUUUCGCAGAGAAGAGAGAUCGCAUGCGCGCUGACGGCUAUAUUCAAUGGCUCGAUCAGGAUCAUUAUUUCAAGCUUUUUUCAGAAAGACACCUCCUACCCCUUUUAGAAGAGAUGAAUCAGAUCACGAAAGCGAUAGUUGUACAAGAAGGUGGUGAUCGAGAUUCCGAUGAUGAACAUGAAGAAGCAGAUGGAUGUAGCGAAUGGUCAGCUGAGUUUCACAGCGAUUUAAUCGUGAAAGUGGAUGAGUACGAACCGUCUCAACACACACGCUCACCCAAUCCAGCUUCAGAUGAUACAUUUUAUCCAGAUACUAUCAAGACGUAUAGUUAUCGCGACAUCUGGAUCUAUCAUGGAGAAGAGUUAAUUGACGAGUUCUUGAAGCUAGCCAUAGUCCUGGAGUUGCAGACAAUAACAGACAGCAAGAUUGUGAAGUCACCUAGCCAAUCGAAGGUUUAUAUUGGUUCAGACAAGCGUGGCAGUGUUGAUGUAGUUGUCAAUAAACUCAACAAUAUUGCGAAGUAUAGUUCGACAUAUGCCUCGCAGUAUCAUAUUUUCUAUACAGAAGAAGUAGAACCGUGCAAGUUUAUCAUCAAAGCGUUUUCAGAGAUCAAGAAGAAAUACCUUGAAACUACUCUUUUUGAACAAGAGCAUCCUCCCGGAUUUCUAUUGACCAAAUUUACAGUUAGAGCUUGUCCAUGGAGCACAACCAAAGUAACAUUUAUUCCGAUAAAGAUUGGCAAGUACACUCCUGCAGUCCCAAGUCUAAGUACACAAAUCUCUGCAACAAAGCCAUGGGCUGGAUUUGUUUGGAAGUCUCGAGGAAGUCCAGAAAAUGAUCCCGUGAAAUACUUUCCUGGUGGAUACAAGAAGGAGAUUGAGAGACGAGAAAAGGAAGAUGUCAAAUCAAGCAAUGAAGAUAUCAGUCCAACAUGCGUUGAUAUUGAGGGCUGGGUAGCAAAUGCCACUACUACUACCGAUGCUUCGAAGGGAUUGGAUAUUUUAGACUGGAGAGGCACUAUGGACACGAGCCUGAAUUCUUUAGCUCGCUUGGCAAUGGCCUCGGAAUCGGACUCAUACGUAGCAUAUGAGAAGCCGAACGCCGAAAGUUGGAACCAUACAAUUCAUCAAGAGAUACCAGCCAACCUCAGUGUGCCUCCUCCUCCGGCAAAAUAUAGAGGUAUUCCCUCAGAGUUAGAGAGAAACCUGCUAAGUGGGGAGCUUUCAACGGAUAGAGUUACAAUCGAGCCUUGUACUACGCAGUCGUGUCUUCUUGAUUCUGCAAUUGAUGCGGAAUUGGCGAGUUUUGAUUGGAACGCAUUGAGACACAAAGCUACGGAGAAUACGCUUGUUGAUAUUAGCUCAAGUCCAACUAGAUCCCCUAAUUUGAGGAUAUUUGAUACGGCAGACGACUCUGAUGCUUUAGGCGCUCAAAAGUUUACGGCCUUAGAACCACCAGCACUAUCAUCCUCGCUGAGGUCGCUGGCAUCGCCACAGCUUCCGUCGGAAGAGCUUGAGAGCUUGAUGAAUUUGGCACCUGCUUCGAUGAGAGGCUCAACAUCGAAUCCUAGUAAUGAGCUCUUGAACUCAAUGGCAUAUCCCGAACUGCCAGGAUCGAAGCCUACUUUGAUCUCUCCUAACAAUUGGCCAAUAUUACCCUCUCCCCAACGUGAGGGCUCCUCAGAGUCAAAAGCUCGUCGCGAAAAUCAAUUGCCGCAGCCUCGCCGUCAAAAAGAGGAUGAGACUCGUACUCGAGUUUUCCACAAGACCAUGGGUCAAAAGGCAUCAAUCAAAAAAGAAGUGGCAAAGCCGGUCAUUGUGCCAAUGCAACAGGAGUCAUUCCUGAAAAACUUCGAAUUCAUGUUUAGUGAUUUGAUGUCGCCAGUGAGAGGCUUUCGCGGCGAGGUCAAGGUGCACAUAGACUUUGGUAGAAUCUUACUGGGUAAUCUCCCGGUGAAGAUUGUUUCGAAAGAGGAACAGAACAAACCAUAUGAUGAGGACUUUAUUAUUCCACAUCUGUACCCCCCGAUCGGCGCCAAACUUAGGGAGGGAGAUGGCCCUGAAGUUACGUUCACCAAUAUCCUAACAGCGUUGGAAGCCGAUACCACCUUCCUCUUUAACCUCAAAAACAAUGAAGGUGUUCGUCUCUGGUCCGAGAAGUGUUCCGAGUGGAAAGUUACCUAUGAGUUCACAUGCCUAGAAUUGCGUACUGACAAAUUGUUUAUCAUUGAGAUCGAUGCAGAGACCUUCGAAACUCACAUUGUGGUGUUGAAAAGAUGCGGCGGAACGUAUGUCCAUGGUACAAUGCGUCACUGGGAUCUGCAGCUUAAUGUCGAGGGAAUUGAAGACGAAGAAGAUAUCCGAAGUAACUGGCCUGGUUAUGACGAGCUAGCUACAGAGAUACAACGAACCCUCUACAUUCCUCCUGGAAACGAGAAACCAAAUCACGCGCUUAAACUCCCGAAGCACAUAAUGGACUAUUUCAUUAUAUAUCAUCUGAAGAUUCGCAAGACUAGAAGUUAUAUCAGUCCUGAUGGAAACGCUAAACUGAAUAUCACAGAGGUGGAUAAAUCUCGUGGUCACGAAUUGCAGGUUAAAGAUCAAGGAAUCUUGGUGUAUGUUUUCCAAGAGGAGAAAAGAGAUCUCAACGUCGAGACGAAUUGGCAAGAAGUUUCCAUUACAUCUGUGGCGAUGGACAAACUUCUUGAACAGAAUAUGACACUCGAGCUUGGCGAGGAGGUACAAUGGACGGCUCAGGAUCUGGCAGCAAAGAAAGUUUCUAACACUCUCAUCAAACCCGCAUGUACCAUGUUAGCGCAGAUGGACGGUGUUGGUUUCUACAACGAUGGUCAGGAUCUCGGUCAAGUCUUCAAGUCUUAG